ACUCAGUUGUAUAAUGUGGGAGUAGUCUGAAAUCCUGUUUGGUUCUGCCGCUGUGAAGUAGGGAAUUGAGUUUACCUCGGAAAAUCACGUCGACAACUACGAACAAUUGGUCUGUGAAGUGAAGAACGGUCUUGAUGACAAGUAUAAUGGGCUUGGUGGCAGUGACAUGGCUGAAUUGUCUAAGAAAGCGUCUUCCACUAAAGACAAGGUUUCUUCAUACCUUGAAAGACGACGGUGGUCAAUUAGGCCAAAUUUUAAUGUCUCCUCCUCUUGCGUCUCUGGACCUUCCUGACAUCUGGACUCCUAAUUCUUCAUACAACUAUUUUACUACAUCCACAUCAAAUAUAUCCAUUAGAGAUCCGCUUUUGAUUUCUAAUGAGAAAGCUGCUGUUGUACUUGAUGGAAAGUUGAUAUCAACGGAAAUCAGGUCUAAAAUAACUGGUGAGGUAAGAAAAAUGAAAAAAUGCCUAGGAAAAGUUCCGGGAUUAGCUGUAAUUUUAGUGGGCCAGAGAAGGGAUUCUCAAACUUACGUUCGCAACAAGAUAAUGGCCUGUGAAGAAGCUGGAAUCAAGUCUUUGGUGACUGAAUUACCCACUGACUGUGCAGAAACAGAUGUUCUUAAUGCUGUAACGAGAUUUAACAAGGAUCCAUCAAUUCAUGGUAUUCUAGUGCAACUUCCUCUACCACAACAUCUAGAUGAGGAAAAAGUUUUGGAUGCUAUAUCUCUAGAAAAAGAUGUGGAUGGUUUUCAUCCUCUGAACAUGGGGAAUCUUGCUAUAAGAGGAAGGGAGCCACUGUUUACUCCCUGUACUCCAAAGGGCUGCAUUGAGUUGUUGAUCAGAUCUGGGGUUGAGAUUAUGGGGAAGAAAGCCGUAGUGAUUGGAAGAAGUAAUAUUGUUGGUUUGCCAACAUCCUUGUUAUUUCAGAGACACCAUGCAACAGUCACUGUUAUACAUGCAUUCACAGAAAACCCUGAACAGAUCACUUCAGAAGCUGAUAUUGUAGUUUCCGCUGCUGGAGUGCCUCAUUUGGUCCGUGGGAACUGGAUAAAGCCUGGUGCAACUGUGAUCGAUGUUGGAACAAGUCCAGUUGAGGAUCUUAGCUGCGAGGAUGGUUACCGUCUCAUAGGUGAUGUAUGCUAUGAAGAAGCUAUAAAGGUGGCAUCCCUCAUUACUCCUGUGCCAGGAGGUGUUGGCCCCAUGACCGUUGCCAUGCUACUAUUUAACACACUAGAUUCUGCAAAACGAAUGCUUAAUUUUACUUGACCUCAGCGCCUUUUGCUUGUACAAUACUUUCAGCGUGGCGAUGAAAAUUUUAAACAAUUUUCGUCAUGUAAAAUUGUAUAUCAUGGUCCAUAAUAGUUUCUAUCAGGUAAGUUUUAUUUCGAAUCUUGGGUCGUAAUUUUGUAAAAUAGGUGUUCUUUUGUGUUAUUGGUCAAAUUUUGGAAUUAUUAUUUCUUCUGCUUUAUAAUCGAGGUGUUACAAAAUAUUAA